GCACUUUAAUACGAAAAUACUCCUUACCGAACAGAAGACCUCGCUCCAUUUAAUGUUUAUGAGACAUCAAUUGCCAGCGGAUUCUUCACCCAACUAAUGGAAGGCUCAGUCAUGCACGAAUUUGUAAGCAAAGUUCACCUUGGUGCUGGUGGGCUUGAAUGUUUGUUCGAGAGAUGUGAAAACGGGUCUGAACUAUCGUGUGGGCACGAGGUACAGGUGUCGCCAUCCUUAACGGGGAAAGCUGGAAUUAAUUCGUUCAUUGCCCUACCCACCAAUAAAACUAUACUAAAGCAGACCAAUGAACCCGUGCAAGAAGUAACUAUGAACAUAUUUUGCCCAGAGGACGGUUACUACGCAUGCUGUUUGGACAAUAGAGCGGACAAGUUCAAUUCAAAGUUGGUUCAUUUCCAAAUUGUUGUCCUGCAUCAUAAAGAAGUUAAAUACUUUCACAAAGCAAAUCAUAAUGCAUUACAGAACGAAUCUGAUAUCAACAUGUAUAGGCUUUACGACCGGGUGUUUCAAAUUGCCACCGACGUCGGGUUUUCUACACGUUACUUGCAUCAUUCACUAAAUAAAAUCGAAGGCGACUGGGAUACUUUAAGAUCAAACAUGUCUCGUGUUUCUUUUACUUCUAUGCUGGCCGUGAUUGUGGUUUGUUUCGUCGGUUUCGGCCAGGUCUACUCGGUAAAAAGAAUGUUUAAAAACAACGCACUACUUAUUGGUGGGCGAGGAUCCAACAAACCUUAAACUACAAAGAAGAAGUUAACAGAUAUCGGCUCAAUAAUUUCAUUUAAACAAAUUCUCACUGCAUCGAUAAAACAGCAACAGAUAAUAUGAUUGAAGAGUUCUGUAACAUUUUCUUUUCAUAACAAUUGUACAGAAAAUAAAAUUGACAAGUUUUAGCUUCUUUGUUCGCUAUCAAGUUUGUGAAAGUGUGUGUGGUGUUUUGUUUCAUACCUGUUUGUGUAUUUGUUAAGUUUACAUUGGACAUAGAUACAAAAUAUAAUAUACAAACAAAA